GUCUGCCCCUCUGUUGUGUCCAUUUAUAAUGUCCAGACACAGUGCAGAGGUUAUUCAGAGGUGCCAGCAAACACAAGGUGACAGGCUCAGAGGAACAAAGGUGUGUCUGGCUUGAACCUCUUCUCGGAUGAUCAGUGUUUUCAUAAGCUACAAUGGUGAAAAGCAGAAAGAUGCCCGUGGGCCAUCAUGAGCAUUGUGACAAGUGUUACAAUGUCCACUGUCAAGUCCCGGUGCAGAUUUCUGUCUCAUGCAUGGUCAUUAAGUGUCGUAAAAACUGUGGUGCCAUCCUCCAUAUGUGCAAGGAAGAGGAGCACCACCUUCUCUGUCCCAAUGAGACGGUCCCCUGCCUCAAUGUCAUCUAUGGCUGUCCUCUCACCAUGCUGCGCCACAGGCUGGCCAAACACCUGGAGGUCUGUCCUGCCAGCGUGGUCUGCUGCUCUCAGGAGUGGAACCGUUGGCCUGUUUCAGAAAUUGAUCUGACCUUCUACAAAAAUGUAUCAGCAAACACUCAAACUGAGGUAAACCUUGAUGUUGCUAUGGCUCUCAGGGACCAAGAGCUGCUGUUUCGAUCCAUCAAAAUGAAGAGCAUUUUUCCUGAGUUGAUGGUGCAGGAACCUGCCCUUCAAGAUAUUUCUGCUGGGGUCAACAGUCCUGCAGAGGAAACAACCAGUUCUUUUGUUUGUGGUGAUUUUACAGAAAAUGGCUGCACAAAAAUGGAGGAAAAAGAACCGAGUCAAGAGGAGAGGGAUGCUUUGGGAAAGAGCAGGAACGUAGAUAGUAUUCAGAAAUACAGCUCUUGGGAGAAAAUAUUCAGAAAGGAGAUGGACGGAUGCAAGCAAACUGUCAAAAACCUGAAUAAGAAAGAGGUAAAAGGAAAGGAAAGGGAAGAGCAACAAUCAUCAAACUGUCAGGGAGACACAAGAGAUUCACACCUGAGCCAAGACAAUGCUGCUGCUGCUGCUGCUGCUGCUGCUCCAAGCAUGCAGGGUACAACUGGCCUUGCGCCAUGGCAAGACGGGGUCCUUGAGAGGUUAGGCAAGGAAGUCAACAUUGCUGAAUAUAACAUGUAUCUGGUGCACAAUGGGGCAAUGUUGAUUAACUUUGGCCAACUUGCUGCUUGCACCCCGAGAGAAAAGGAUUUUGUUUAUGGGAAUCUGGAGCCCAUCGAGGUUAAAACAGUCCGCACAUUCAACGUUCCUACCAGCUAUCGAGCUAAGCGCCAUCACCUGAAGGACCCCGCACAAGCCGCCAAGAAAACACACCAGAGUGUUGACACUGCAGAUUUGGGUGUGUCGGUUGAGGAUCUUCCGAAGUGUGAUGAGAUUAGCGCCACACUGCUGUGCUCCCUGGAAAAGGAACUGAAAGGACAUUUAAUCUCAGAGAGUGUGGGGAUAGAUGGUCUUUAUGUCGAUAUAGGAACACAAACAUACAACUUUGCCUCUGCUCCGUUCGAAAGAGAUGCUUCGCUUGCUGAUGUCAUCGCAGACAAACCUCAUGGUCUUUAUGUGCACGUCGAAGCAGAAUCUGUCACCAGAAGACAUAACAGAACAAGUUCAGCCUUCAGCUACAUGUGUGGCCACUUCUUUCGUCGCGAUGAAUACUGCUCUCAUUUCAGGAAUGUGCACUCUGACAUACAGGCCUCUCUAAGUGGCUGGUUCGAACAACGCUGCCCUUUAGCAUACCUUGGCUGCACUUUCAUCCAGACAAGGUUUCAACCUGCAGGUCACCAAGCCACAAUAAAAUUCUGCCAAGAUGUCAGCUCCUUUGUCCUCCAGCCAGAAGUCCCUUCAUCCCUCCCUGAAGGCGGGAAAACUUUCUACCCUCAGAGAGAUGGUGCACAUAAUCUGGAUCCCCUGAGCCGCCUGCCCCUAGAGAUCCUUCAGCAUAUUGCUGGUUACCUUGACAGUUAUACAUUAUCUCAGAUGUCCCAGGUCUCCCAUCUGAUGAGAGAGGUGUGUGCCACAUUGGUGCAGGAGAGAGGGAUGGUGUCCUUCAAGUGGGAGAAAAAGACACAUUCCCAUGGGGGAAGCUCCUGGAAAUGUCGAAAGAAAGUUUGGGAGUACAGCUCUUUGUUUUCCUCUGUGGACAGAUGGAGCUUCAGCAACACUCCUCCUAUGUCAGAUCACCUGAAAACCUGCUCCUUUUACCAGAGAGAGGAGCGCACAGAGCCGGUGGCUUUAGCCUGCCUGGGAGAGGUCAGAGAAAGAUAUGCAGAAGCAAAAAGAUAAUGCUCAUGGUCCCAGAGCUCAGUGGGCGAGCUAUGCCAUGUUUAGAAUCACUCAGAUGUGAUAUAUAUGCACCCACCAAACUGUAAAGUGGAUAAAUCCUCCGCAUAUACUGCUACUGUACAGAAACAUAAGGGGAACUGUGUGUUGAAGCCCUGCAGACAGAUACUGUAUAGGUGAAUAAUUUACUUUGGCAUAAACAGUCUGAUGGUUUUGACGUUAUUUACCCAUCCUCUCUUUUCUUGUAACGUCUCCUUAAAUCAUUUGUCUGUAAGUAGACAUAAUGCUUCAACAUGGAUCUAUUCAUGCAGUGUUUAUUGAGAGAAGAUAAAA